UCACCCCGCGACGUCGGCCCGAUGGAAUCUCACAGCUUGCUCGCCGGCUCAAGGGACCACCAGGAGACUCGAUACCGCUUCCCGGAACCUGUCGACGAGGACGACGAAGCGUUCGCCGGUGAAGAGGUAUCGGAGACCAAGGGCGUUCGGCAGAGGAGGCAGACGAAGGAGAUUUUCACGCUUGCGGAGCUCACUGCAAAGGUCUGGUGUGGCUGGUUGUUCGUCUACGCUUUCGUGCUGUGCUGCUUCUCCUUUGCUCGAUGCCUCGCUCUCCCAGCGCUGGUCGAGAUGUACGGCAGCCCUCAGGACUACACAUUGGGCUUCACGAUGGCAGCGCUGGGGCUCGGACUGCUGGAGGACUUCGUCUGCGCGACCUACUUCGUGUGCGCGCUAUGGCUGUUUGAUGUUGCUAAGAGGAGGGUGACCGAGCGGUUCGGCGAGAAGGACGGAGUGGCCACUUGUCUGGCGACGAACAUUGCGACGUUUGUGGUGUCGUGGCUGCUGUUCUUCGCCAUGAUGGCGCCCUUCGUCGCCGACUUGAUGCUGGUGGCCAACCGCAACAUGCGCUUCACGUUCGACCUCGUGGCGGCGCUGAUCAGGGAGCGGCACCAUCUCAAUGCUGCGCCGAUAUCGGCCGACGAGAUUCACCGAGGCUACAUGAGUGGGGCGGCUCUGGUGGUGGUUGCUGCGCUCUUUGCGGCUGUGCGGAUGUGGGCAAGCUGGACAGACCUGUCGACUUGGAACCCGACGCACCUUGUGGCGGGCUUCGCGGACUCACGGACUCGCGUCAGUGGAGUCAAAUACACGGAGCUAACCCUCGAAGAAGGCACCGAGAGUCCAACGACUGGGGAUGACGAUGCAGUCCCAGCUCGUCGCGCGUACGAGAAGCUGCUGAUCUCGCGCCACUUUGUGCGUCUUGCCGUCAUUAUUGUAGGUCUUGUCGUCGUCCCCGCGAUUGUUGUGGCGAUCCGAUGCGCGUGCUCGCCGCUGGUGGCGUACUCGGGUCUGAACGCGACAGUGAACGAGCUAUUCAGCCACGCGCUGCAGCCUACGCCGACCGACGCGAUGCUCACCAAUGUCAAGGACGACCAGCCCUGGCCAGAGAUGUUCAUCCACCCGACCGAGAAGUACGAGCUGUUUGGAGACGAUUCUCUUUACCGACGCACCACCGGCUUCCAGGGGGAUCUCGCUUUCGACGUCAACAUCUCCAACGAGAACCCGCCCAACGUCUUAGUGAUCGCAGUCGAGUCGUUCCGCUACAGGGACUCGCGCUACCUCGUCGGGGAGAAGGACCCGUCCAACCUGUUCAAGGGCACGAACCUGACCAUCACGCCGAACUUCGACAGGUGGGCCAAGCGCGGAAUCGCUCUCCGCAACAUUUGGUCGAGUAACCCGACGAGCCGCUCGCUGGAGAGCUUGUUGUUCGCGCAGGUGCCGUACGAUAGCGCCGUCAAGACCGGCAUCACCGGCGGAAGGAAGGACACGAAGCUGUCCGGCUUGCCUCAGCUGUUCAAGCAGAUGGGGUACGAGACGCAGUUCACCACGGGCUCUACCAUCACGCUCGACAAGUGGAACGUCUUCCUGCCCACGCACGGCUACCAGACUGUGUGGGACGCCAAGACGCACCUCGUUCUGGGGGAGAAUCACCUCAACAUCAAGCGCUCGCACUGGUUCGGGAAGGAGCACCGCGCCUUCAACUGGGGCGUGCACGACGACGUGAGCUUCCAGCUACUGGGCGACCUGCUCAUCCACAAGACCAACAAGCAGAAGAUGCGCGUGGCGCAAGGGAAGCCCAAGAAGCCGCUAUUUAUCACGCAUUACACCAUCUCGAGCCACAGCCCGUUCAAGGCGCGGCCGUCCUGGUACGCCAAGAGCAAGAAGCCCGACUUCUCCGCGCUGUACGAGGGCGAAGAGCACGCCGAAGACACCAGGGACUACCUCGAAAUGCGCCACUUCACGGACAUGCAGCUGGGCAAGUUCUUGGACCGCAUGGAGAACAAGGGGCUGCUCAAGGACACCAUCGUGGUCAUCAUGGGCGACCACGGCCAAGCCCCUGAAGCGGACAUUAUGAACACACACGAGGAGUCGGUCACUCGUGUAGCAGGCGCCAUCAUCGCAGAGGGGCGACUGGGUGACGCUGCAGGCCUCGUGAUCGAAGACGCGGCAGAGCAGUACGAUAUCCUCAACACCCUGGCAGACAUCACGGGGCUACCCGAAGGAGGCUUCGAACAGACUGGAGUGGGGCGCUCGCUCAAGCGCAAGGUCCCGUUCGGACAUCGCCCGGUAUUUAGCAACGAUCCCAACCGGAAGAUGGCGAUCGUCCGCGGUCGCCACCGCCUGCGAUACGACCGCGUCACGGACUCGGUGCUGCUGCACGACACGGAGACGGACUUCUCGAUGACCACGGACCUCUUCCCUGAGCUCCCACCGGAAGAGCAGGCGGAGUGGCUGGCGUGGCGCGACAGUGGGCGGAGACUCGUUGCCUACUAUAAGCAGCGGUGGGACGACAAGUGCCUGCUAGCUGUCGACUGUACUGCGGAAAACUAG